GGCCGGAAACGGCCAGGCUGCCGGCGGGCGGCGGCGAUCCGAUCAUCCGGCGUUGGCACAACCAUCAACUACUCCAAUUUCUCCCAGGCAAGGCAGCUGCAAAACUGACGGCACCAUGAGCAAGGUCAAUCAGAGAAGAAUUGAUCUAGUUUUCAAAAGAAAAAGAGACGAGGCAAAUGAAGUUGAGGAAGACCAGUCUGUACUAGCUGAUCAUCCAUUACCUUUGCUUGAAUUACAACAUCCGGCACCACACAAUAAAGAUGAAAAUCAGUCAAAUGAAGCUGUUAUGUUUGAAGGUAUUGAUUUCUUGCAGAGAGACCCAGGAUUACGCCCGCAGAUUUGGCAGUAUCCACCGGACCAGAGAGAUGCUGUCCGCCGAGCAUAUCUGAUGUUGGGUCCUAUGCAACCCCAUCUAGAACACUAUGAACCUUCAGGUGAAAAGGGGCAUCAACGCAGCUUCAAGUACAAUUGGUUUGGUCAAUUUCCCUCAUGGCUAGAGUACUCACAGGACAAACAUCGUGCAUAUUGUUUGUUUUGCUUUGUCUCUGCCAAAAAGGAAAACACACGAGGUGGUUCUCAUGUCUUUACAGUUAAUGGAUUUGAUAACUGGAAGAGGGUUAAUUGUGGGAAGCAUUGUGCAUUUUUAAAACACAUAGGUUCUGGACCAUGCUCAUCACACCACAACGCAGCCGCAGAUUGUCAAGCUUUACUGAAUCAACCAUGCCACAUUGAAAAUGUCAUUGUGGUGAAGGACAAGGAGAAAGUAGAAAGAAACCGUUUGCGGCUGAAAGUCUCAAUUGCAGCUGUUAAGUGGCUCACCUUCCAAGCGUGUGCUUUUAGAGGGCAUGAUGAGAGACCCCAGUCAAAGAACAAAGGAAACUUUCUUGAAAUAGUGGAUCUUCUUGCAGAAUUUAACCCCGAGAUUGCCAAAGUGGUGGGGGGAAUGCUCCGUAUAAUUCAAAAUACACAUCGCCCCAAAAUCCAGAAAGAGCUCUUGACAAAGAGAGAGCAAAUGGCCAUAGUUCUCAGAUUUGUUGAUAAAGGUGGUAUUCUGCAAGAGAGAAUCUUCGAGGACAAGGUUAUGACGGGGCCAGCAACAUGA